AUGUUUCAUAUAAUCAAAAACUCUUCUGUUAAAACGAUAAGUUUUUCAACUGUUUCUGGUCGAUUAUAUCGUGGAUUAAGUUCGAAACCAAAUCCAUCGGAAAAAGAUCAACAAGAAAAUGAUGAGAAGAAAGUUAAACAACAAAAAUAUCAAGAAUUAGAAAAACUUCAAUAUCGUCCGUUAUAUUUAGAUGCACAAGCAACAACACCGAUGGAUCCACGUGUACUUGAUCAAAUGUUACCAUAUAUGACACAUUUAUAUGGAAAUCCACAUUCAAGAACACAUGCAUUCGGAUGGGAAAGUGAAAAAGCUAUUGAAGAUGCACGAGAAAAAGUCGCUAAAUUAAUUAAUGCUGAUCCAAAAGAAAUUGUCUUUACAAGUGGAGCAACAGAAUCAAAUAAUAUAGCUGUUAAAGGUGUUGGCCGUUUUUAUAAAGAAAAAAAGAAACAUGUUAUUACAACUCAAACUGAACAUAAAUGUGUACUUGAUUCAAUGAGAGUAUUAGAAAGUGAAGGUUUAAAAGUAACUUAUCUUCCAGUAAAAACGAAUGGUCUUAUUGAUUUAAAAGAACUUGAAUCAGUUUUAACACCAGAAACAAGUUUAUGUUCAAUAAUGAUGGUAAAUAAUGAAAUUGGUGUUCGUCAACCUAUUUCAGAAAUUGGUAAAUUAUGUCGAGCGAAAAAAGUCUUUUUCCAUACCGAUGCUGCGCAAUCAGUUGGAAAACUACCAAUUGAUGUUAAUGAAAUGAAUAUUGAUCUUUUAUCAAUUAGUGGACAUAAAAUUUAUGGACCUAAAGGUAUUGGUGCACUUUAUAUUCGUCGACGACCUCGUGUCCGUCUUGAUCCAAUACAAACAGGUGGUGGACAAGAACGUAAUAUUCGUAGUGGUACAGUUCCUACUCCACUUGUUGUCGGUCUUGGUGCUGCUUGUGAAAUAGCACAACAAGAAUUUGCUAAUGAUGAAAAACGUGUUGCACAAUUAGCAAAAAGAUUAAUUGAUGGAAUAACUAAACAAUGUCCACAUGUUAUUCUUAAUGGUGAUCCUCAAGCACGUUAUGCUGGUUGUGUUAAUUUAUCAUUUGCUUAUGUUGAAGGUGAAUCAUUAUUAAUGGCACUUAAAGAUAUUGCAUUAUCAUCUGGAAGUGCAUGUACAUCUGCAUCACUUGAACCAUCUUAUGUACUUCGUGCGAUUGGGGCUGAUGAAGAUAUAGCACAUUCAUCAAUUCGAUUUGGUAUUGGUCGUUUUACAACUGAAGCAGAAGUUGAUUAUACAAUUGAAAAAACUGUUUCACAUGUAACACGACUUCGUGAAAUGAGUCCAUUAUGGGAAAUGGUUCAAGAAGGAAUUGAUUUAAAAACUAUCAAAUGGUCACAACAUUGA